CUGGUGUUUGGUAGGAACCUACGGGGCAACACCGUGAAGCUGGAUCUACCGUCGAUUUCUCAAGUGCAAACCCGGGGACCGACCGACGUGUCGUACUACAACCUUCACGCAAUUCAGAGGCCGUUGUACACGAGCAACGAGAGAGUACCGUCUUUGCCAUUGCCAACCCAGGCGUACUCAUCGGGUACAUCGUCACCCCGGGUCAGCUCUUUUGGCUCCGCCUCAAGUUCUCACGCAUCCCAGUCGUCCUUCACCUCGGCCGCAUCCUCCAACGGUCCCAAGACCCCCUCUCCCACACUCCCCAUCACCGCGGCAAUUCCUGGUUCCUCCAGCCAGCCCAUUGGCGCCUACGACAGUUACCCCGCCAUGAAUCAACCCGCAGCAGAUAUGUACUAUUCGCAACACAUGUCUGCCGGCCAGGCACAGCAGCCUCAGACAGUCACCUCUGGCGCCAUGUCUUACCACCAGCAGCCCCAACCGUUACAGCCGACUCAUGGCCUGCCCUAUGCCCAGCAGCACCAAUAUGCCCAGCCGCCUUACGGAUACCCCAAUGGAUUGACCUCGCCCCAGAAUGCUGCUCCUGGAAACCAAAUGGGCGGUCAGAACGUUCUUCCUCUGCCCGGUGUCGCUACUCAGGGCUUCUCAGGCUUCGACACCACCGGACAAGUCGCCCCGCCCGGCAUGAAGCCUAGGGUGACUGCCACCCUGUGGGAGGAUGAGGGCAGCUUGUGCUUCCAAGUCGAAGCGCGUGGAAUCUGCGUCGCGCGUAGAGAGGACAAUCACAUGAUCAACGGCACCAAGCUGCUCAACGUUGCGGGAAUGACUCGCGGUAGACGUGAUGGAAUCCUCAAGAGUGAAAAAGUGAGACACGUCGUCAAGAUUGGCCCUAUGCACUUGAAGGGUGUUUGGAUCCCAUUCGAGAGAGCUUUGGAUUUCGCCAACAAGGAGAAGAUUACCGAGCUGCUCUACCCGCUCUUCGUUCACAACAUUGGUGCUUUGUUGUACCACCCGACGAACCAGACCCGUACAAACCAGGUCAUGGCUGCGGCCGAACGUCGGAAGCAAGAGCAGAACCAAAUGCGCAGUGCUCCUCAGACCGGCGGUGGCCCUGGGCUCCCAUCCAUCCAACAGCAUCACCACCACAUGGGAUUGCCCGGGCCGCAACAACCACUCCCGUCCCAUGCCCAGAUGGGCGGACGUCCGUCUCUCGACCGGGCGCAUACCUUCCCCACGCCCCCGACCAGUGCUUCCAGCGUCAUGCCUCCCGGUAUGAACGCUGCCGACAACGGAUUCCAAUGGACUCAGGGGCAGCAAAUGGGUACCGCUCAAGGCAACAACCCCAUGUCCAUCGAUACCGGCUUGAGCAACACGGCUCGCUCUAUGCCCGCGACGCCAGCUUCAACGCCGCCGGGGACGAACAUCCAGAACAUGCAGUCGUAUCAAUCCAACGCCCAGCAAUACGACAACUCGAGGUCGAUCUACAACCCCUCUGCGCAGCAGUCUCCAUACCAAGCUGCGCAUACCACAUCUCAAGACCGUUCCGUCUACGGUCAGGGUGACCCGUACGCAAAGAACGACAUGGGCCCGCCAUCUGCAAGGCCCGCGACCUCUGGCGCACAAGACCAGAAGCCUGUCAAUGGUCUCAUGCAUUCUGACCAGACUGGGCAAACUGUUGCCCAGCCUGCUGGAGACGAGGAGGCUGAGCAUGAGCACGACGCCGAGUACACCCACGACAGCGGUGCCUACGAUGCCAGCCGUGCUUCGUACAACUAUUCUGCUCCUGCAGUUGGCAGCCUGCCUGCUGAGCAUCAACAUCUGUCUCCCGAAAUGACGGGAUCUCCCAGCCAUCCUCCUGCUUCUGGCCGCGCCACUCCCCGCACUGCGGCCGCCCCUCAGCCAUACUACUCUCAACAAACGGGCUACAACACCCCCCCGCGUGUUCCUCAACAAAACCCGGGAAGCUUGUAUAAUGUAAUGAGCAACGACCGCAGCACCGCUGGAGCCGGCAGCAACGACGUCUACCAACCCCAGGCUGACAUGGGCUCCAUGUCCAACGGUUAUUCGCAGAUGAACGGUGCUUCCGCUGGCAUCAAGCGCGGGCGUGACGACGACGACGACCUCCAACGGCCGUCGAGCGGCGCCGGCAUGGACCUCAAGCGUCGGAAGACGCUCAUGGAUUCUUCAGUCCCUGCUAUAGCAUAUGACUCCAUGCCGCGAGCUACCCCUGUGAUGGCCCAACAGCCGAGACGAAGGUAA